AUGAUUUCGGCUCACCAAUUCCCUCUAACCUUCCAGGGAUGCCCUACUAGUCUGCACACCUUCAACCCCGUCGCCAACCACCACCACUGGCACAACAACAACGACGUCUUGUCGCCUGUCGCCACAUUCAGUACAUCCCACCGACAUCGUUCCAUGUUUCUUCCCGAUCAAAACUACCCCUCACCUACAUCAUCCCUUAAUUCGCCCCUCCAGACACCACAUCUACAGCUAGACCAAUAUUCAUCGCAUACUCAACAAUCAUCGCUGCCGCAUCCUCAUAUGCAGGACAAUCGUAUCUUCUCUCAAGUGGAAUCAAGUAUCGGCCCAACGCGGCAAACGCGCGGGCAGUCGAGUUUGCUUCAGGGUCCACUCGGGGAACGUCGUCUCUCUGUGUCAAGACCAUAUCUUGCGAGUAAACGGGACAAUUCCCCAGGGCGACAACCAUCCAUGGAGUUGGGACCGCACUCACGUCCGCAGACCCCUGCCCAUAUAUCCUACGAUCGCGUCGACGAAGGGUUGUCCGUUAACACCGGAAAUGCGCAUCCCGUGCAGCUGCAGUCCCCCUAUCUUACUCCCCAAUCGACAACAUCACGCUUCUCGCCUUAUGUGCGCCAGACUCAUUCACGUUCCGCGUCUGGGUCUACCAUAGCCCUGGAACCGCGUCAACCAUCACCUGCUCUUAGCUCAGGUUCUGGUUUGACUUCAUCCUCAGGGACAUCCCAUCGAUUUGGUGCCCCUACCGCAGAAUCCAGCAAGGAGCAUCCGAAUGCCAGGCAGGAAGACAUCGCAGAGCACUUCCAAGUCGAGCGAAGUACUGUGAGCAAGAUCCUGAAGGGCAAAGAAAAAUGGUUGAACGCUGAAGACGGCCUUGACCGUGCUGCAAAAAAUCGGCCGUCAAAGUUCCCUGAAAUAGAGGAAGUGAUGCGACAAUGGCUCCAAGAGUGUACCAACAACGACACCAACAUCUCAGAUCUCCUUAUCCGCACAACCGCACUUGACACUGCUCAAAAGCUUCACAUUCCCGAGGAAAGAUUCAAGGCGAGUUCAGGUUGGAUCGAAAACUUCAAGCAUCGACACGAAGUUCGAGGCGGCAAGUGGGUCAAAGGUGAAAAAAUGAUCGCAGCGAAUCGCAACGACAACCCAGGCGCCUUGCCAUCGGGCCCUUGCGCGGUUCCGCUACCGAAACACUCAUACAAUGAGCCUAUGGGCGAUCUCCCUUCCCACAUCUCGCCAGACAACGAGUUUGUCCCUAGACGGUCAACCGAAUCGGAGGCGCCAACCCACGAUCAACAAAUAGCACCCCAAAAUCACUGGCCAGAGCCAUCACACGACGAGAUGCAUCAUGCGGCUGCAAGUAAUGCCUCCGCCAUGAUGCACGAAGCUGCGCCACACCAAUCCCCACUUGUUGGCCAGCAAGUGCCCACCGCCCAGGUAAACGAUGACGUUUACGAACACCACCACCCCGUUCAAGAACACCACCAUCCCAUUCAAGAACACCACCAUCCCGUUCAAGAGCACCUCCCUGUCCAAGAGCAGAUAGUGUACAGCAAUGGGGUGUAUGACGCUGGUGACCGUGUAAUUUUCACACCCAUGGCUCCCGCCCCCAACCCCCCGCCCAGCAUGAACGAAGCCGAGGAAGCCGUCAACACGCUGAUCUUAUUCCUCGACACGGUCGGGAGCGGUAUCAUCCAGCCGCACGAACGACAGGUCCUCGCCACCAUUAAGUGCGCCCUCUUCCAGGCUGCCAGUGGUGUUCCUUUCGAUCGAACCGGAUGAUUCCCUCUACCUUUCGCGUGACAGGCGACUACGCCUACCAUCUUGUCGUCUCCCUCGUCCCCCCACCCCACCCCUUAUCCUUUGCAGUCACGUUGUUCUCUGGGGUGAAAAAUCAUUUAUGUUUCGUUGCCGUACUUCAUCAGCAUGUACCUUUACCAGUCUUCACAUACACUUUUCCAUCUAUCACACCUGUAUCAUUUAACAAUUUAUCUCCAUAGCCUCUC